AUGGAGGCGGAGUUGGUGGAAGCAGAUAUAGUGGUUCCAAUGCAAUUGAGGUUUAAGAAGAUACAGUCGUAUGAAAAAUACCCAAAGGGUCAAACUCGAGGGAGGUGGAAACACCUCAAGCAGAUUCUUCAAGCUGAGAAUUUCCAGGACUAUCCUCCCGAAGAACCCAAUUAUAUUAACAUUGAGUCACCUCCAUCCAAUCAACCCUGCAAGAGAAUCUGCGAUAUAACUGGAUAUGAGGCACCAUAUGUUGACCCAAGAACAAAUCUGCGGUAUGCAAAUGCAGAUGUUUUCAAGACUGUAAGGUCACUCUCUACCGAGCAAGUCCAUCAGUAUCUGUCCAUAAGGAAUGCUGCAGUUGUUCUCAAGUAG